ACAGUCCCCAAUUUCAUUUUCCUCACCAACACAAAAACCUCGGAAUAAAAAAAGAAAAGGAAAAUAGUAAUCUGUAGAACACAAUCACAAUGCCUAUCUUCCCCAAGCUUCUUGCUGCCCUUCUUGUCCUCUCUCUCAUUUCCACAGGAAACUGCCAAUGUUUUUUGAACAACAUAAAAAUCAGCCAAAGCAUGACAGGAUUUCAGAUCCAUGGAAUGACAGAAUGGAAAGUAACAAUAACCAACAACUGCAUAUGUUCUCAAUCUGAUUUGAAACUAGACUGCAAAGGCUUUGCAACUACUCUAAGCAUCGAUCCUUCCAUCUUAGCCAUCUCUGAUAGCGAGUGUUUAGUCAACAAUGGCCAACCUAUUUUCAAUUCCAGACCCAUCACCUUCAAGUAUGCACAAAGCCCCAAAUUCAAUUUCAAGCCUCUCUCCUCCCAGAUAUCUUGUUCUUAAAAAUCUUAUUCAUUUUUUACUCGGUUCAAAAUUAGUGUCUUUAGACACUUUUAUAAUAAUAAAAACUUAUCUUUAUUUA